CACCUCCGACAGCACCUGAAGGCAACGUGUCGUGACGCCCGCACGUCUCGCUGUUACCAUGGACACGCAGUAUUCUUACCCAGUUUCAGUUGUUCAACGGAACUUGACGAUAGUAAACCGAACAGGGAAAAGAGAGAUUCUGCCAGCGAAGUGCGGAUGGAGACGGUGCUGGAGUCAGACAGUGAGGAGCGAGUCUGGAUGCAGGAGGAGGAGGAGGAGGAGGAGGAGGAGGAGGAGCGAGUGCUGAUGAACCUCGAGGGCACCCUGAGUCACAUCCACGUUUCGGUUCCCAGCGAGCUUCUGCUGAGGUUGGACACAGACGAGCUAUGUCCCGAGUCCUACAGGGUUAACUCUCCCGACGAGAUGCGACUGUUGGCCAUCGCAGACAGUUUCCAGCGUCAGUAUUCACACUUGUGUCCCGAACGCAAACCACUGCUGCUCUGUCCUGCCAACGAGUGUGGCGUGAAGAAGUUUGUGUCGACGACUCUUCAGCCCACGUCGACGACCUACCCUGAACUUUUCACCUGGGAGGGUUGUGCCUCCUUUGUGGCUGACUUCUUGUCUCUGGAGCCUCUGGAGCCACCUGUAGAGCUGCCCUGCUACCUGUUCUCCCCUACCUCGGUGCUGCACAGUCGGAGAGCCACAUGUUUUGAGUUUGCCACCCUGCUGUGUAGCCUGCUGCUCGGCGCUCACUACGACGCCUACUGUGUCAGCGGCUACGCCACCAAAGAGAUGUGCCUGCUGGACCAGAGCCUGCAGGAGUGCCCCCUGCUGGAAGCGGAGGUCAAAAGUGUGAGCUCAGGGCUGCAACUACAGGAGAAUAAAUACACAGUGAAACCUCUGAGGGAACUGGAGAGCCACUUUGUGAUGCAGCAAGAGAAGAAGAAGCAGAACAUCGAAGCUGCUUUGUUGCUUCAGAAACAAAACCUCCGGGAGGAAAGACAGCGGCGACCUGCCGACCCCCUGCAGGGACUGCGGGUGCACUGUUGGGUGCUGGUGCUGUCAGGGAGUCGGGGCAUCCAGGAGAACUUCUUCAUCGAUCCCCUGACCGGGAACAGCUACCCCACCGACGAUGACAACUUCCUGGGCAUCGAGAAUGUGUGGAACAAUCUCAACUGCUAUGUCAACAUGCAGGACUGCAGCCAUGGCUGCACUGAUAUGGUGUAUGACCUGGAAGAUUUAAAUAUGUGGGAGCCAGUCCUGUACGGUGCAACCAGCAAAAAGCAGCUGAUUCUUGACGUCUUGAAGAAGAAGGAGGAGCGUAAGAUGAUGAGCAAAAUCAACACUGAUGAGGAGAACGAGGACCAGCGCCGAACCUUUGAGAUGCCGAGAUCCUGGGUCAGAUACAUCACUAUCUCCAAAAAAGACCUGGAGAGCAGCUGGCCGGGAGGGAAGAAGGUGACCCACUACAGGAAAGCAAAGCUUGAAAAGUUUGCACCGUACCUGCGGUCCGAUGGCCUGCUCACACGACGGACCACAUACAGAGACCUGGACUACACUGAGGUUUUCUCAGUGAAGGAGUGGUUUCAACACAGAAACGACCACCUGGAGGAGAGGGAGGUCAACAAGGUCGACAACUCUACCACCGAACGCUUCAAACAUGGACAUCGUUUCCACCUUUUAUUUCACAGGUGCACAGACUCUGAGCGCGAGAUGGAGUUCAGCAGCGCUCGCGUCGACAAUCUGGUGCGGAGGGUGGAGUCACCGGGUGAAAUGACAGAGAUCUUUGAGGGUCGGGACGACUUCCUGUACUACCGGCACGUCGUCUUCGAUCGACACGUCCAGUUUUCAGGUUCAGGCGAAGACGCUGUUCCAGAAAGCCCACUGCUGCAGGUGGAAAAAGUGGUGGAGCGUUUCCAUAGGAACAGAUCCAAACCAGCCAAUGAGGAUGUGGCAGAGCGAGUGUUCCUGCUGGCGCAGAGACAGAUCGAGGUGACCUAUCACUUAGAAGAUCACCGAUUUAUCCCUUCAAAGAGGAGCUUCAUCAAACCACGAGAGUCAACGGAAACAAAGAAGACGGAGAACUUUGCAGCGGACAUGGUGUCCAGCUUCCAGGUAGACCCAUCUGAGAAGCCUCUCAAGACCCUGACUUUGUGUGAGAUGCUGCUGGAUCUGAUGAAAGAUGAGGAGAAGACGGUUCAGCAGAUCAGGGAGUCGAAGAAAGAGGUGAGAGACGUUCUGGCCCGCAGAGAACAGGAAGAAGGAGACGUUCGCCUUCAUUUCUCACCGUGGACGACGACAGGAGUUACCGAGGCCCGCAGUCAGAGACAGGAAAUGGAGCGUCUGGCUGCAGAGGAGCAGAAGUGGCUGCAGGAGAAGGAGAAGGACAUCCUGGCUCCCUUCCUGAUCCGUCUCAACGCGGCAGAGACGCUGAGCGCCGAAGAUGCCAGGCAGCUGCACCGCGACUGCUUGGCCGAGUUCAAACAGAGGCUGGUGGAGCACGCCAACCUGCUUCAGGAACGCUACGAAAAGGAUACACAGGAGCUGCAGAGGAAACAGCUGUGGUACCAGAAGAACCAGCUCAACAUGACCAGACAGGAUGAGGACGAGGAGGAGGACGAGGAGGAGGAUUACCACACAUACUGCUCUGACAAGACGCUCCGCAUACACGUCACCAAGAAGCUGCUCAUCAUGCACAAGGAAGCAGCUCCUCAGAAGUACCUUCUUCUGGACCAGAAACUGAAGCGAGACCCUCGACUGUUUCCUCACCUGCUCACCUGAGCCACACACCUGUCUUCUUUAGACGUAUGAUUUUCGUCUCCAGGCUCAUCCAUAAAUCUCCUUUCACACAUUUUGCUUGUCUGUUCCCUCACACUCAGCGGGGGGCAGGUGUGUGUUAUGUGUGUUAGAUGGUUUUCUGUCAGCAGGCCUCAGCGCUGACUACUGAAAGUGUCUUUUAAUAUUUUGAUUUUAAUAUUUUGACCUCUUGUUGAUGAUGGCUUCUUCCAACGCUUGUCUUCAUGUCAAAGUAUUUUCGACAGCAGCAGCUGGAUUUACCUGAGGUUUGAUUUGGAUGUUUGUUAGGCGUGUCGCGAUUCUCCUGAGUCUAGAUUUUAAAGGUGCAGUCCGUGAGAUCUGUGGUUGCUGCACUGACAACAGUCAUUUAUAUUUUCAAAUUCUUCUUUAAAAGGUUUGGCUGGUUA